AUGGCACGCUACAUCAACAGCGGCGCCCUUCUAUCACAGCAGCAGCAGCAGCAGCAGCAGACGCGCCCUGUACUCGUCGUCGUCCCAAGCUCAUGCAGCAGCAGCAGCAGCAGCGCGCAGGGCGUCGUCGGACCCGCUGCGCAUCCUGUUCUGCGGCUCCGACGAGUUCAGCUGCGCGGCGCUGCGGGCGCUGCACGAGGAGAAGUCCCAGAGGCCCGGCGAGCUGGUCGACUCGAUCGACGUCGUGGUGCGGCCGGCGAAGCCGACGGGCAGGGGCCUCAAGACGUUGCGGGAGGCCUCCGCGGCCCAGCCCCGAUCCAACACGCCCUCCUCCGCGGCGACGCGCACGCGGGCCUCACCCUCCAGACGCUCGACCACGCGGCCUUUGACCACGGCCGCAUCCUCGCGCAGACGCGCCACCCCGUCCCGGACGGCGGCUGCACGACGACGGCCCGGCUGACGGCGCACCUCGCGCCCCUGGCCGCCGACCUGCUCCUCGCCUCCCUCCGCGCGGGCCUGCACGUCCCGCCCCCGCCCCCGCCGUCGCCCGUCCGACCGCAACAAACGGAUGGUGGUGCUACCCACACCGCCGCCGCCACCGCCGCCGCCACCGGUGCGCCGCUGCUGCUGCAGGCGGCGCCCAAGAUCACAAAGGCCGACCUGCAGGUCCCCUGGACGUCCAUCGCCGCGACCGGCGCAGGCGCGGACGCAGAGGCCAUAGCCCGGCGCGAGCGGGCGCUCGGCCCGCUGUGGACGCGCGCCGCCGUCCGCGCCAAGAAACAGAAGAAGAACAAGAAGAAGGACAAGCACGCCGGCGGUCAGGCCAGCGAGGAGGAGGAGGAGUCCACCAAGAGGCUCAUCCUCGAGGGCCUCGAGGCGGCGGACCUUCCCCCGGCCGGCCCGCUGCGCUCGCUCUUCUUCUUCGAAGGAGGAGGUGCGCCGCCGCCAGUAGUAGUAGAUGAUAAUAGCGGCGUGCAGGCCGUGACGUUCCUGCAGGAGGGCGCAGCGGGCGGCGAGCAGACGGCCGUGGCGCUGCCUGUGGUCAAGGACGGCGCCGACGACAGCCUGCUGGUCCCGCUCGCUGUGCCGGUCCGGGACGGGCGCGUAGCCGAGCUGGCAGGGGGCGAGUGCUUGAGGAUCAAGGCGAUCCGGGUGGAAGGGGACAAGACGAAGCCGGCGGCCAAGGCGAUCGAGGCGUUCAUCGAGGAUGUAAAGUCGCUCAGGUCGCGCGGCCGGGAGCUCGCUAUGGAUCUUGUCACCCGUGAGGUGAAAUGA